AUGUUUUGCUCCACGCGGCCAUCCAUAAUACCUACUGUUAUUAGCAAGAAAGCCGCACGGUGGAAGAAACCUUCAUUAAGCAGAAUCACGCUGAUGCAGCUAUUGAUCCAAAACCCUCUCCCAGGUUCUGCUGGACACAAUAUCCUUUCUCUCUGCUCUCUCUUCCCUCAAGGGAUGAAAGGCCAGAUUAGAAAGAAAGGGAAAAAAUAG